AUGGUUCAGUCCGCUAUUCUCGGUUUCCCCCGUAUGGGUGUGAACCGUGACCUCAAGAAGGCCACCGAAGCUUACUGGGGUGGAAAGAUCUCCCAGGCCGACCUCCUCGCCGAGGCCAAGAGGCUUCGUCUCGCUCACUGGCAGAUCCAGAAGGAUGCCGGUGUCGAUGUCAUUCCCAGCAACGACUUUGCCCUCUACGACCAGGUCCUAUCCCACAUCCAGGACUUCGGUGCUGUCCCCGAGAGGUAUACCCAGAACAACCUCGAUGUUGUUGACCAAUACUUUGCCAUGGGCCGUGGCCACCAGAAGGACGGCAUUGACGUCCCCAGUUUGGAGAUGGUCAAGUGGUUCGACUCGAACUACCACUACGUGAAGCCCACUUUCCAGGACAACCAGACCUUCAAGCUUGUCGAUGCCCCCAAGGCCGUUGUCGAGUUCAAGGAGGCCAAGGAUGCCGGCAUCUCUACCCGCCCCGUCCUUGUUGGCCCCGUCACCUUCCUCCACCUCGGAAAGGCUGACCGAGACCAGUCCAUCGAGCCCAUCGACCUCCUCGAGAAGCUUCUCCCCAUCUACGAGCAGCUCCUCGUCCAGCUCAAGGAGGCUGGUGCUGAGACCGUCCAGAUUGACGAGCCCGUCCUCGUCUUCGACCUCCCUGAGAAGGCCAAGGCUGCCUUCAAGACUGCCUAUGAGAAGUUCGCUGGCCUCGGCGACAAGAUCCCCAAGCUUGUCCUCGCCACCUACUUCGGUGACAUUGUCCACAACCUUGACGUUGUCCCCAAGAACGUCUAUGCCCUCCACAUUGACCUUGUCCGCAACCCCGAGCAGCUCGAGACCGUUAUCGGAUCUCUUGAUGCCAACACCGUUCUCUCUCUCGGUCUCGUUGAUGGCCGAAACAUCUGGAAGACCAACCUGAAGCGCGCCAUUGAGACUGCCGAGAGCGCUAUCCAGAAGCUUGGUAAGGACAGGGUCAUCAUCUCGACCUCCAGCUCCCUGCUCCACACUCCCCACACUCUUGCCAGCGAGAAGAAGCUCGACCCCGAGAUUGCCGACUGGUUCUCUUUCGCCUCCGAGAAGGCUGUUGAGGUUGUCGUCAUUGCCAAGGCCAUCACUGAGGGCCCCGCCGCCGUCCGUGAGCAGCUUGAGGCCAACGCCAAGUCUAUGCACUCGCGUGCCACCUCUACCCGCACCAACGACCCCAAGGUCAAGGAGCGACAGGCCAACAUUACCCCCGAGGACUACAAGCGCAAGUCCGAGUUCCCCAUCCGAAUUGACCAGCAGCAGAAGAAGCUCAACCUUCCCCUCUUCCCCACCACCACCAUUGGCUCCUUCCCCCAGACCAAGGAAAUCCGUCUCCAGCGAAGCAAGUUCACCAAGAAGGAGAUCGAUGAGCAGCAGUACGACAAGUUCAUUGAGGAGGAGAUCAGGAACAACGUCAAGAUCCAGGAGGAGCUUGACCUCGACGUCUUCGUCCACGGUGAGCCCGAGCGUAACGACAUGGUUCAGUUCUUCGGUGAGAGGCUCAGCGGCUAUGCCUUCACCACCCACGCCUGGGUCCAGAGCUACGGCUCUCGAUGCGUGCGUCCUCCCAUCAUUGUCGGUGACAUUUCUCGUCCCGCCCCCAUGACCGUCAAGGAGUCCAAGUUCGCCGUCUCCAUCUCCAAGAAGCCCAUGAAGGGCAUGUUGACUGGUCCUGUCACCUGCCUCCGAUGGUCGUUUCCCCGUGAUGACGUCCACCAGUCCGUCCAGGCUGAGCAGCUUGCUCUUGCCCUCCGCGACGAGGUCGUUGACCUUGAGAAGGCCGGUGUCGACGUCAUCCAGGUCGACGAGCCCGCUCUCCGUGAGGGUCUCCCUCUCCGAUCCGGCAAGGAGCGUGAUGCCUACCUUGACUGGGCCGUCAAGGCCUUCAGGCUCUCGACCUCUGGCGUCGAGGACUCGACCCAGAUCCACUCCCACUUCUGCUACUCGGAGUUCCAGGACUUCUUCCAUGCCAUUGCCGCGCUCGAUGCUGAUGUCCUCUCCAUCGAGAACAGCAAGUCUGAUGCCAAGCUCCUCCGCGUCUUCGUCGACUCUGCCUACCCCAGGCACAUUGGCCCUGGUGUCUACGACAUCCACUCCCCCCGUGUCCCCAGCGAGGAGGAGAUCAAGCACCGCAUCGAGGAGAUGCUUCAGUACCUCAAGCCCGAGCAGCUCUGGAUUGAUCCUGACUGCGGCUUGAAGACUCGUCACUGGGAGGAGACCAAGGCGGCCCUUGCCAACAUGGUCAAUGCUGCCAAGUUCUUCCGCGCCAAGUACGCCAAAUAA